UAUCUUCGCAAAAGGAUGGAGGUUAUCGUAAGUUCCUUGUAUAAUUACAUGCAUCAUCAUGCUUUCUUGGCAUUCACUUUCACGUUCUUGCUGCAAACUCAUCUUAAAAUAAUGAAGGUCACAUUGGUGCUGUUAGUUCUGGCGUGUGCCAUUAGCCUCGCCUACGGCGACCAAGUCUGCGGUUCGAGCUACUGCAAAGACAACCCAUGCACGGCAAAAAUCAGCGCAAAGGCCUGUAAAACGCCUGCGUUGUACCGAGCCAACCACGCUGGCAAAUGUGCUUGCUGCCCGGCCUGCGUAACUUUAUUAUCUGAAGGAGCCGCCUGCAAGACCUACAGCAAGGAGUUAGGAGAAACUCCAUCAGCAGUUUGUCGUGAACCACUCAAAUGUCUCAAGGGUGUCUGCACCAAAGUAGCGCCUAGAUCCUAAUUUGAUAAACCACUAUUAUAAUAACAAAAAACCAAUUAAUAAAUAAAGAUUCAAAGACAGCAGUUGUAAUAAAAAAAAUCGAAUAGAAAGUAACAUUAAUACUGCAUACCCAAUUUUUGUAUAAAAUAUACUUUAUCUCUAUAAAUA